GUUUAAUUUUAUCCGCGACCCCCACCUCCACUCUCCAUCCGCCGCUACUUGAGAGGGAUUAUGACAGCAGCAAACACUUGACAGUUUAAACAGAGCGGCUGCACUUCAUCUCUUCCUCAGAUGGCAAAGAGGCUAGGUUCCAAACUCUUCGUGAACAAGUUAUCAUUUUUCACAACCCAUCAAGAUCUCAAAACUUUAUUUUCACCGUUCGGUGUUGUUAAAGAAGCGAAACUAAUCAGAGAUCCGAAAACUCAAAGGCCUAAAGGAUUUGGUUUUGUUACAUUUGAAACCGAGAAUGAGGCACAGAAGGCAUUGAAAGCCAUGAAUGGCAGGUUUGUGCGCGGAAGGUUGAUUUUUGUUGAAUUCGCAAACAAUCGAAGUCCAAAGAAUGAUACAGAUAGCUGACAAGAAUGACAGAGUCAAAAGUCCAGAAAAUAAUACAGAUUGCUGAAAAGAAUGGCACUAUACGUCGUUCGAUAGACUUUCCAUUUACCCAGAGUUUGUAACAUAAGAUCUUCCUACCCUGUGCUUAGAGAACAAAAUAUUUAGAGAAUGUAACUACAGCAGUGAUGAGCAAAAGUAUAUUUUCAACCUGCCAUAAAAACAUUAUUAUUGUUAUUAUCAUCUUAAAAAAUUGAUUAUUCUUCUGCUA